UGUUUUGAAAUCUCCCCAGAGUCCGAGUGCGGAAGUCAUUGGCUUCAGCGAAAGGUUCACGUUACUUGCAGGAACACUGAAGAAAGGAGGAAACGCAGGUAAUUUAGCGGAUAUCAACACUGAUUUUAUUCAGAGAGGUGUCAUAUAAUCUGCAGACGCUGGUAUCUCAGUAUUCAUCUCCCCUCUGAAGCCUCAGACGAAGUUCGUCGUGGAAUGUGCUGGCAGCAGUGACUGGCUCAGCGGCAGCAGUGCCAACAGCAGUCGUCCCAUGAGUUUUCUUUUGGCCUGAGCUGUCUGCUUUGGGCUCCGGCCUGGUUCGUCUGGAUCUCGCAGUCAUGGAUCACCCCAGAGAGAAGGAGGGCGAGAGGCCAGUGAGGAGCAGUAAAGUGGCCCAGGGACGCAGCGGGCACUCACGGCCCUCCAGCUCCUCCUCCUCCUCUGGGGUCCUUAUGGUUGGACCGAACUUCAGAGUUGGCAAAAAGAUCGGCUGUGGCAACUUUGGAGAGCUGAAGCUUGGAAAGAAUCUCUAUACAAAUGAGUAUGUUGCAAUAAAGUUGGAACCUGUGAAAUCGAGGGCCCCACAGCUACAUUUGGAGUACCGGUUCUACAAAACAUUAGGCAGUUCGGUAGAGGGUCUGCCUCAGGUCUACUAUUUUGGACCCUGUGGGAAAUACAAUGCCAUGGUUCUGGAGUUGCUCGGCCCCAGUCUUGAGGAUCUCUUUGACCUGUGUGACCGAACAUUCUCCCUCAAGACCGUCCUGAUGAUCGCCAUUCAGCUGAUUUCCCGCAUGGAGUAUGUGCAUUCUAAAAACCUCAUCUAUAGGGACGUGAAGCCAGAGAACUUCCUCAUUGGUCGACAAGGAAACAAGAAGGAGCACAUCAUUCACAUCAUAGACUUUGGCCUUGCGAAAGAAUACAUCGACCCAGAAACCAAAAAACACAUUCCUUACCGGGAGCACAAGAGCCUUACCGGCACAGCUCGAUACAUGUCUAUUAAUACACACUUAGGGAAAGAGCAAAGUCGGAGGGAUGACCUCGAGGCUUUGGGUCACAUGUUCAUGUAUUUCCUCCGGGGUAGUCUCCCUUGGCAGGGACUAAAAGCUGACACACUGAAAGAACGUUACCAGAAGAUUGGGGACACAAAGCGUAACACUCCCAUUGAGGUUCUCUGUGAGAAUUUUCCUGAGGAGAUGGCCACUUAUCUACGCUAUGUCCGGCGGUUGGAUUUCUUUGAGAAGCCAGAUUACGAAUACUUGCGGACCUUGUUUACGGAGUUGUUUGAACGAAAAGGAUAUACCUUUGAUUACUCUUACGACUGGGUUGGCAGACAGAUUCCCACACCGGUGGGGUCGGUCCACGUGGACUCAGGGGCAUCUGCCAUCACGCGUGAGAGCCAUGCACACAGAGACAGACCCUCCCAGCACCAGCCCUUAAGGAAUCAGACGGCCAUCUCCGACCACAGAGGAGCUUGGGAAGUACAGCCCAACUGUCAGACAAACUCCUCCUACCUGACCUCGCACCUGGCAGCGGACAGGCACGGAGGCUCAGUGCAGGUGGUGAGCUCAACUAAUGGUGAACUGAAUGCAGAUGACCCACUGGCGGCCCACUCGAACGCACCAAUCACAGCGCAGGCAGAGGUGGAGGUGGUGGAUGAGGCCAACUGCGUGAAAAUGCUCAACCUGUGGUGCUGCUGUUUCUUCAAGAGGAAGAGGAAGAAGAACACUCAACGGCACAAAUGAACCUCCGGCCUCACCGCGCAGUCCGUUCCUUUGAUUGUUUCCAGAGCAUUCAAAUAAAGAAUUUU